UGUUACCCCAUACCCACUACAACGUAUUCACCGUACGGAGAUCUUCUCAAACCUCGGUCGUUAUCCCUUGCCGUGUGUUUUUCACGACGUAUUCUGGUACGGAUCUUUCCAAUUUUGUUCUAUUGACCAUGAGUUAUCGAUGCGGAUGUCCAUCUAUUCACGACCUUCAGUUUCCGACGGCGAUUCUUCGUCUGCUAUUGUUCUUUGGUUCCUUAUUUUCCAGAUCAGGAGGGCAGAUUCUGAUAACAGGAUUUUGGUUUCCAUUCGUUUCCAGCCGUUUUCCAUACUGUUUCGGCCAGUUCCCAAAAUUUUUAUUAUCUUUGAGGUAUGGCACUUGAGAAAGAUAUGACCCUCGGACUUUCCCGGUUCGUUUCACCCCCAACAAACACCAACGCUAUGUCGUACCAACGAAGAUGGAAGGGAACGCUCUCGCUUAUACUAACUCCAACACCUAGUGACCUCGAAUUCGAAUUCGAAGUCCGUCUGACGAUUCAUUGAGUUCGUCCUGGGAAGCUCAGGGACAAGUUCCAUUGUCACGGGUUCACUUUGACCUCGUAAAAGAGCAGGUGCCAGUAGAAGACAUCCGUGUUUUUGUCUCCUCCCCCGCCAUGAAGCGGUAUUGGUAUUGGACUUGUGUAUCAACUUCUCUAUUUGGCGCGAAUGCAGCUCAAUUGGGAGAUUAUUUCCAGCCUAAUUCAACAGGCAUAAAACUCCAGAAUGGAUUCGAACGCGUGUACAUCCAGCCAUUUGGUAAUCAUGCCUUCCGCGUUCGUGCAUCUAUUAUGCGAGAUCCCACAGGGAAUGAGUGGUCCGCCCUGCUCGACCCACCAUUGGAAGGACCUGGAGGCAACAAAGGUCUCUCUCAUGAUAUAAAAUUACCCCCCCACUCCUCGGCUACCAUCCGAAAUGGAAAUCUUGCCGCCCAAGUCACCGAUGGAGUCAUAUCCUUCCGCCGAGUAGAACUCGACGGGUCUACGUCGCUUCUGACAAGCGAAUUCGUGGAGACGAAGACCCUUCUUCCGAGGUUUUACUUUCAAGACUUUAGGAGUAGUAGUUUCGAGGCAUAUUUCUCGUUCAGCACGGACGAGGACGAACAGUUCUAUGGAUUGGGCCAGCAAGAGUGUUGUAUCGACAACUCAGUGAACAAAAAGGGGCGGGUCGCGGAUCUGAUGAACUGGAAUUCACACGUAAGGCUUCCGGUGUAUAUGUCAAAUAAGGGUUACCUUCAGUUUUUUAACAUGCCUGGUCAAGGGCGUAUCGAACUCGGAAGCCAGCGUACGCGAUUUGUAGCCAGCGAAGCUACCGUUGUUGAUUACUACAUUACCACUGCGACCCCGGGCGAUUAUGAUACCUUGCAAGAACAGUUCACCGCCGUCACAGGUCGCCAACCUCUACCGCCAGAUUGGUCAUUUGGAUACCAGCAGUCCAAGCUGCGUUAUUAUAAUCAGACGCAAAUCGAAAAUCUCGCUCAGAGGUUUCAUGACGAAAAAGUGAAUGUGUCACUCAUUGUAAUAGAUUUUUUCAAUUGGAAAUUCCAAGGAGAUUGGUCCUUCGACGCCUCGGCUUGGCCUGACCCCGAACGGAUGGCUCAACGAGUCAAGGAAUUGACUGGAGCCGAACUGAUGGUUUCUUUGUGGCCAUCGGUUGAGGACAAAUCGGAGCUGUAUAUCACUUUGCAACAGCAAGGGCUCCUUGCUACUACACGGGAUGGCACUGGGAUCCAGGACUCCUUUGAAGGCGUAUACACCCGUCUCAUCGAUUCCACGAAUCCAGAGGCACGAGAGUUCUUAUGGAGGCGUCUGAACGAUAGUUACUUUUCGAAAGGGAUUCAGAAUUUCUGGAUUGAUCAAGCGGACGGAGGAACUCUUGGUGAACCCUUUGAGAACAAUGGGCAGCCUGGCUUCAUUGAGGGUAUUCCUUACUCUCGAGCCUUCACCCAAUACUUUAUUGGCACUCAAGAAGCCGCCGGUAAACUCUAUCCAUGGUUCCAUCAACAGGCUAUCGAUGAAGGCUUUAAAAACCUCACGAAUGCUGCACCCAAUACUUGUAACUUCUUGUCAUUGACCCGUUCAACUUUCGUCGGCGGACAGCGAUUCUGCUCAUAUUUAUGGAGUGGAGAUACUAUUUCCACCUUUGAAGUCUUGUUGCAACAAAUCACAGCAGGUGUCUCCAUUGCAGCGUCCGGGAUUUCAGCAUGGACAUUGGAUAUAGGUGGAUUCGCGGGCUUGAAUAUUGACACGGACGAGGGGAAGGAGUUAUUCGUUCGUUGGUUUGGGAUGGGGACCUUCUUACCCUUUAUGCGAGUACAUGGUACUCGGUCGUGUAACCUUCCAAAGGACAGCAAUCUACCUGAGGCCAAUCCUUGUCCCAAUGAGCCUUGGUCAUAUGGAGACGACAACUUCGUCGUCACCAAAAAGUACAUUGCACUUCGAUACCAACUUGUACCAUAUGUCAAAAGGCUCUUUGAACAGCUCCAAGCUACGGGCAAAACAAUAAUGCGACCAUUGUACUAUGAUUUUUCCUUGUCAGACCCUUUCGUAGCGAAUGCUACAAGGUUCAACGAUCCUUCGAUUGUUCACCAAUUCAUGUUUGGACAACGCCUCUUAGUCGCACCGGUCGGCGAACUGGGAGUUCAAACUAAGGAAGUAUAUCUGCCCGCUUUGGAUAGUAGACAUCCAGGAACGAGUUGGAAACAUUGGUGGACUGACGAAGACUUUGGGGCGGGAGGCAAAUUUGUCAAUGUCAAUGCACCACUGGACGCCAUCCCAGUGUUCUACUUGGGCUCUAAGGAUGACAUCUUUUCCGGGGCCAUUUGAAUUGGACCGUCGAAGAAGAAAGUCUAUUAAAAAUACUAGGACGGAAGAAAUAUCAGGAUGUAUUUGUAUUUCAUUCUCGUGCUGCUUUUGUGAUUAACCCAAAGGGACGCUUUUCUGAAGAUAAGAUUU